GCACGGCCGGGGUGGCCGGGACCCCGGCUGGGCGCGAUGCUGAAGACGGAGCAGCCCUGGAUCUAACGCGCGGCGCCUCGGAGAGCCUCGCAGCAAUUGUUGCCCGGAUCCCAGACUGAACUUUGCUCUAUUUUUUUUUUUUUUUCCCUUUUUACCGUGUUUUUAUUUUUUUUUUCUUUCGUCUUUUCGUUUUGUUUUUUAUUUUUCCCCCUCCUGUUAUUGUCAAAUUAUCGUUAUCAACCCGCCUCCGCCGCGCCCUCCCCUCCAAUGCCCGUGUGAGCGCCGGCACCUCGCGGGGGCCAUGGAGGGCUCCACCGGCUUUGGGAUCGACUCCAUCCUCUCCCACCGAGCCGGCAGCCCGGCCGUGCCCAAGGGGGAGCCGCUGGCGGGGGACGGGCGGUCCCCGCUGGAGCUGAGCCCCCGCUCGGAGGGCAGCAGCGGGUGCCCCUCGCCCCGCUCACCGGGCCGCGAGUGCCUGGAGGCGGCGGCGCCGCGGCCGGGCCUGGAUGCGCAUCUCCAGCCGGGGCAGGUCUCGGCUCCCUCGCAGUCCCGGACCGUCACCUCCUCCUUCCUCAUCAGAGACAUCCUGGCCGACUGCAAGCCCCUGGCAGCCUGCGCGCCUUACUCCAGCACCAAUGGACCUCACGGCGGGCAGGAGCCGGCGGGCAGGAUCCCCACCAAACCCGGAGAGGAUUUUAGGGAGAAAAUGGAAAAAAACACCAGCAGCUCCUCCUCGGACUCGGAGUACAAAGUGAAAGAAGAAGGCGACCGAGAGAUCUCCAGUUCCCGGGACAGUCCCCCGGUGCGGCUGAAAAAGCCGCGCAAAGCCCGCACCGCCUUCACCGACCAUCAGCUGGCCCAGCUGGAGCGCAGCUUCGAGAGGCAAAAAUACCUGAGCGUGCAGGACAGGAUGGAACUGGCCGCCUCCCUCAACCUCACCGACACGCAAGUGAAAACGUGGUACCAGAACAGAAGGACCAAGUGGAAAAGGCAGACGGCGGUGGGCCUGGAGCUGCUGGCCGAGGCUGGCAACUACUCGGCCCUCCAGAGGAUGUUCCCCUCGCCCUACUUCUACCCGCAGAGUUUGGUCUCCAACCUGGACCCCGGCGCCGCCCUCUACCUGUACCGCGGACCCAGCGCGCCGCCCCCCGCCCUACAGAGACCCUUGGUGCCCCGCAUCCUCAUCCACGGACUGCAGGGCGGCAGCGAGCCCCCGCCGCCCCUGCCCCCGCUGCCCGGCGUCCUGCCCCGGGCUGCGCAGCCCCGGUGA